AUGUCGGACUCAGAACGAAGCUUUUAUACACCGUUACUGACGCAUGAUAGUCGCAAAAGAAGGAGUAAAGAAAAUACUAGUAGUUCUCCCAGGAACAAAAGACGUCGACGUCAUGUAUCCGUGCAUCGGCGACGCUCUAGGGAUAGUAUAGACAGUAGAUUGGAAAGCAGGAAUAAGCUUAGUAAGGAGAAGCGAAACCGCUCACGACAAUGUGAGAAUAGAAGUCGAUCUAGGUCUAUACAUCGAAAGCGUACUCAAAGAAUGCCAAGGCAUAGAGAGUUAUCCAAAUCCAGUUCAAGUUCGAAAUCUAGUUCCAGAUCGAGCUCAACUAGUCGGAUAAGCAGUACGAGUCGCGAAACACAAUCCGAAAGAAGCUCUAGUUCGACCCGUUCAGUUAGGCGCAAUCGCCUAAAGCGCGCAAGCGCGAAACGGGUACCGCACAGAAUUCAACAUAGUAGCGGUCCAAAUAGUGACUUCAUGGAAAGAUUUAUCGAUGCACUUAGUAGUCAUAAUCAAAACGCAUUUGUUGGCGCUCAUGAAAUGAUACCUAGUUUCAAUCCUAGCCAAAAAACGCAAUCCAUUAAAUCAUGGCUCAAAAAGGUUAACGAAACUGCAACUAUAUAUAAAUGGAGCGAUGCACAGACAAUUUUCUAUGCACUGCCCAAAUUAUCAGGAUUAGCACGAAGAUGGUACGAAGGAUUAUCCUCAGUUAAGUUAUCGUGGAAAAUGUGGCAGAGAAAAUUAUUAAAAAAUUUUCCAGAUGAUUGCAAUUAUGCUGACAGAUUGAUUGAAAUGUUGGCAAGAAAGAGCCGUAGAGAGGAAUCACUAGAAGAAUACUUUUAUGAUAAAUCCAAGCUUGUCCGCUCAUGUAAUAUACGCGGAAAGGACGCAGUCGACUGUAUUAUACAUGGUAUAUUUGAUCAUAACGUAAAAGUAAAUGCUCAGGGAGCUAACUUCAAAAGCCCAACUAAACUUCUUAAGUACCUACGAAAUAUUACAGCAAAGAGUUUAAACAAAGAUCCAAGAAAAUUCCAAGUCCCUCUAAAAACUAAUUUGAAGGACAAAAUACCAAAUGGUGUAACGUGUUACAAUUGUUCCGAAGCAGGCCAUAUUGCUCCUAAGUGUCCUAAGGAGCCUCAAAAUUAA